UCUGAUGAGUAAACAAGCAACUGUUUUACCCUUGUGUGAUCGGAUUAUUCUUCACUAGCCCCAAUGUAAAUACUGUAACAUGAUUCUAUAUAGGAGCAUAAUUACACAUACCUAUAUUUAAAUAGUAGAUAAGUUGACAAUUUGCUUAAAAUAAACCUGAAGUUUGAAGUCUAAAUUUGGCCGACAUUUUUGUCUAGCUAUGUAACACUAAGUAUCAAACAACAUACCGUUCGGUUGUAGCAAUUUUAACAUGACCAAUUACAAUGUCUCACCACUUGGGUCUAAAGAAACAUUUAACUACCCAGCUCGAGCUAUUGGACGAGUCAAGUUUUCAUCUACAGAGUAGCAUCAGUGAUUUUGUACUGCAGAUAAAAACACAGGCAAUGGAAUGUGAAGAAAAUAUUUCAGGCACCAAUAUGACAAUUAAAGACGCAGUAGCCAUGGUAACAACAGCACAAAGUACUUUAAUAGAACAUGCAGAUAUGUUAAAUGAAUCCAUCAAGUUGUACCAUCCCACAGUGAUGUCAGAGGAACAGACAGCAACAGAAAGUAAAAGUAUGAAACCAAAGAAUGUUGAACAUACGUUUGAUCAAUGUAAUUCGGAAACAAUAAAAAGACUUAACGAUAUUGAAACAGCUUUAACUUCUCUACAAAACACAAAACAAAUGACUGAAGAUGACAUAUCAGAAAUAAAACAAUGGAGGGACAAAUUUGUAACAGAACAAAGUGACGUGGGGAUAAAAAUUGAAAAGUUUUCCAAGAAACAAACACAGAAUUUUAAAAACCUAGGGAAACAAAUAAAAGAACAGGAUAACAAAAUAGAAAAGCUGAAUCAACAAAUUGACAGUUUAAAAAAAAAAGAAUCAGACACAAACAAAACACUGGAGAAACUGUCUAUAGAUAUGAAAGAACAUGAAAACAACCUGCACACACUAAAUAAAGAGAUGAGAGUUUACACAGAUAAAACAGAUGAUGUAACACAAGAAAUUAAAAGGCAUUCGGAUUUGAUAUCUACUAUCCAAGAAGAUACAACAAAAACAUUUGAUACACUAUUGUCUAAGCAUUAUGUGAUGUGUAAACUUCUACAACAAAAAUUGAUUCCAAUUCAUAAAAUAAUUGAAACAUAUAAUCAAAACUAUGAGACUAGGGAAGGGAAAAUGAAAAAGAUUGAAACUCUGGAAAAAGAAGUUUUAAAGCUAUCACAGGAUCUUCAAUCUAUUGCCAAUCAACAAGUGAAACCUUCUACACCGGUUUUUGUUGCUUCAGAAGGUCGCUGGGACGGGAAAAUUUAUGACGAAUACCAAAUUAUUACAUUCAGUGCUGUAGAAACUAACGUAGGAAACCAUUUUGAUCCAAAGACUGGAGUGUUUACCGCCCCUGUUUUUGGCCUGUAUAAAGCAAGUCUUACAAUAAAACAAACAGGUGAUAGUGCUGUAGGAGCUAUUGCUUAUCACAAAUCUAGUGGUAAGGUGUCAUGGGUCGGUGAUGUUUGGACACAAAAUACAUCUGUAGAAGCUUCAGAGACAUUUGAGGUUCGGAUGAAAUCUGGAGAUGUUUUAUUUUUAUCAUCUGGCUUUAAGGAUUUGGAAUGUUCACAUUUUUCUUGUUAUCUUUAGACAUCAUGACAUGACAUUUGCAAGGAACGUCAAUAGUAAUUUA